AUGUCGCUGGAUCAUCCAGGUCCUAAAGAUGGCGCCCAGCAAAACCCUGAGAUAGAGACUGAGGUAGACAGACCACCCACGUCACUUAUCUCCCACGCACUGUGGAACUUCUCCUCGCAAUGGUUCCUUGUUCCCCAGGGAACUGGAAUCCUGUCUUUGAUUCUUCGUCGGCUAGGCUAUCAAUUUCGAGGACUGGCAAUCAUAUCUGUCAUUUUCUGGAUCUACACUAUCGUAUUGCUCAUACUUGGAGUAUCCCUUUAUGUUCUACGAGUUCUCAUCUACCCUCGACAUGUUGCUCGUGUGCUCCGCACAAGCAUAAUCGAGACCGCAUGCCUCGCUAGCAUAUCAAUCGCGUUCACUUCAAUCAUUCAAAUGAUUGCUCUUGUCCUCGUCCGCCAAUGGGGAUCGGCCUGGGGAAUUGUCGCAUACAUCCUUUGGUGGAUCAACACCGCGAUGGCAGUUGUCGCAGUCAUGGGAAUCCCUUAUGUUUUCGUCAAAGUCCAGCCACCCGUCAAAGUCCAGCCACCGGGUGUCAAGGCAGUCACGCCCUGUGUGUUACUCCCAUUAAUUGCAGCUUUGACUUCGGCUGCUGGUGGCGGAGUCAUAUGUCGAUAUGGAGCUCUCAGCGACCGUUUACAGGUCCCCGUCAUUAUCGUCUCGUACCUUGAAGUUGGCCUCGGACUUGCACUAGCAAUGGCAUUCAACGAUGUCUUUGUAACCAGGCUUUUUGACAGGUCAUUCCCGCCGUUGGAACAGAUAUAUCAGGAUAUGAUCCUGUGUGGCCCAUUUGGACAGGGAAGCUUUGCUUUACAAAUCCUCGGCCAGGCAGUUUCACGAGGGGCCUUCGCGGGAUAUGAUCGAGGUACCUUCUUGACUGCAGAGGCUGCCAAAUCAAUCGCUUUUGCAAGUCAGUUCGCCGGUCUGCUGGCUUGGGGAUAUGGGACAUUCUGGUGGGUUUUUGCUAUCAUCAGUAUCGUGCAUACAUUUGUCUCCCAGCCAGGAGGUAUUCGACAAUCACACUAUACGCUUUCUGCCUGGGCUCUUGUUUUUCGUUGGGGUGUAUAUACAAAUGCCGCUGUGCAGCUGGGUAUGAUCAUGGAUUCUCCGACCUUCAGAGUAUGGUCCACGGUGCUACUUCUACUGCUUCUCAUAAUCUGGAUUACGAAUCAUAUACUUACUGUUAAAGGGUUGUAUUCUGGGCAGGUCUUGGAUAUUAGGCGGACAGACUAG